CCCAUAUCUGCAGGCUGCAAGGCCACAUAUUAUAAGCCCAAUUUACAACCGAAGGGCACACUACCUGUACUGCAGGCAGAGAAGCACUAUAAAUCCAAUCCACGCGCUCGCUCGAAAGGCUGCUGCUUUUGCUCAAGAGAAGGCCAUUUCAUUUCCCACGAUCAACUCUUUCGAUCGUCAAAUCAGUAGUAAUGAAGGUCAUAGCAGCUUACUUGUUGGCUGUUUUGGGUGGAAACACCACCCCCUCCGCCGAUGAUGUGAAGAAUAUCCUCAGCUCCGUUGGAGCUGAGGCAGAAGAUGAGAAAAUCGAGUUGCUUUUGUCCCAAGUUAAGGGCAAAGAUAUUACUGAGUUGAUUGCUUCCGGAAGGGAAAAAUUGGCCUCGGUGCCCUCUGGCGGUGGUGCAGUGGCUGUUGCCGCCCCAGCUGGUGGUGCUGCCGCACCGGCUGCCGCUGCCGAGACAAAGAAAGAAGAGAAAGUAGAAGAGAAAGAGGAAUCUGAUGAUGAUAUGGGAUUCAGCCUCUUUGACUAAGUUGCGAAAUUGUCUCUGAUGUAUUGAAUGCCUCUUCAACCUUUUAUCUAUGAGUCUGUUUGUAGUAGAUUUUUAUUAUCUUUAUUGGCCGGUAGUUUUGGUUUGAACUAUGGAUUUUUGUUUGGUUUGGUGGGCAAAGUGAAUUUAGACCUCUGAAGCUAUGGAAGAUAUUCUGGGUUUUGCUAUUUAUUUACCUAUUUACUGUUUUGUUUGCUUGGCGUUUGUAUAUUUGUGGUUUCAUUACGUAGAUAAUAAAAACUUUGGUAAUACGAUAUAUAGGUUUUGUUUCACAAAAACCUAAAUCAGCAUUUGGAAUGACACUAUUUUGUUAUAGUAGUUGAAAGUAAAAGUACAAGCUUUAGACCUUAAAUAUGAGAUUUCCUCCUCUUGAUGUUUGUUGGAAUGUUUGAUAUGUUCUGCAACGUAGAGGAAUUGUUACUAGAGCCCAUUGAACCGUGUUUAUUUGCUACUGUUUAUCUUCAGUUAAAAUAAAUUGGACUUCCGUGAUUGAGCAAAAUGAUUUUGUAGAAAUUGCCUUUGCACAAUGUUCCUGAA